AUUAAAUAUGAUGUAGAAACAGUUCCAUUCAAGGUUGAUGUUUCGAAUCAUGAGAAUGAUCUUCGGUGUGGAAAUAAAUGAACUGAAAAAUAAAAUAGAAAACACACUUGGAAGUGUUGAUAUUCUUGUCAACAAUGCGGGACUUUUGUCUCUAAGCACUUCACUACAAGAGGGUACACCAGAAGCAAUUCAAAAUGUUGUCAACGUAAACUUGACGUCACAUUUUUGGACAUGUCGAACAUUUUUAAAUGGCAUGAUUAAACGGAAACAAGGUCAUGUGGUUGCGAUUUCCUCUUUCGCUGGCAAAUUGACCAUUCCAUGUUCGAUUGCAUAUUGUGCAACAAAGUUUGGUGUCAGUGGUUUUAUGGACGCACUAUUUGAUGAGCUUUGCCUUUUGGAGCAAGACUUUGUGAAGACAACAACGGUUUAUCCUUUGUUCAUAAACACUCGGAAAGAGCUUGGAGAUUUCUUGAAAAAUAAUAAAUUAUUACCUCGUUUGGAACCUGAUCAUGCAGCACAUUUAAUUGUCAAGGGGAUUCUGAGAAAUCAGAGGAACAUUUACAUCCCCAAAGCAGCAAAACGAUCUUUAAUAUUAAACUUCUUUCCUGAUCGAAUCAUCAGAUAUGUUAAAGUAAAUUCAACAGACAAUUCAAAGAUUAAGAAAGAGAGACUACGAAUGCAAGCUGAAAUUUUGGUUUAGUUAAAAUAAUUUGUAAAAUCAACAAUUGUUUCAAGGUAAACAAAAGCACUGAAAUUGUUGGUGUUUUUAUGUUGUAAGUCACUCAUCAGCAGCUUCAUUAAUAAAUAUAAAUUAUUGUAAG